AACAACACGGCAUGCACAACUUGAUUUUCGUUCACUGUCCUCAUCAUGAAAUACACCUUUAAAUUUUGUUAUUGUCACAUCUAUAUUACUAUUAUGUAGAAAGCGCAUGCUCUAAGUAAUCUUUAUUUAUAAACACAGGUAUAAAGAAAGGCAAGCUAAGUUUAUCACAGACAUACUAGAAUAUGGAACCAUCUGCGACCAGCGACCCAAAGUAUGGAUAUGAUGACCCGGAAGUUAAUUAUGGGCCUCCUGGUUAUAGACAAUCUGGUUAUGGGCCAUCACAGCAGCAGAUGACAACACUUCCUCCUGCUUCUGGAAUAUCGACCUCAAAUGUGACGGUGGUUGUCAAUCAACCAACACCAGCAACACAGAAUCAACUCAUGGUCACUACACUGGACGGAAACAGAACCUGGACAACUGGACUCUUUGAUUGCUUCUCUGAUAUGGCCACUUGUGUUUUCACAUUCUUUUGUUACCCAUGUGCCGUCUGUAACUUGGCCUCCAGAACUGGAGAAUGUUUCUGCGCGCCAGCCUGCGUACCUGGCGGGGAAAUCGUUCUAAGAAACAGGAUAAGGAGUGUUGGAGGAAUCAGAGGUUCUAUGUGUGAUGAUUGUUGUGUGAUUUUAUGUUGUGGACCAUGUGCUGCUUGCCAAGAAGCCAGAGAGCUCAACAACAUGGGAGUUCCUUAAAGUAACGUCAUCUGGAGAAAGACGCUUCAUUUAAUGAUGGUUAUAUAUACCCAAUAAUCAAAUCUAUAUAUUGGUUAAUUGUUAAUCUAGUGUUAUAAGUUUGUAAAGACUAUUUUGAAUAGACUUUUGAAAAAAAGCAUAUACAAUUGAAAUGUUGUAAAUAAGUUACUUAUUUGUUACAAAGAACAAUUUAAUAUGAGAAACAUAUUGUUAUAUUCGUUUUUAUUGAAUCAAUAUAUUUCUUUGAGACAGAAACCGUCUUGUAAGCAGUAAUUCAUCUUUUGCCUUAUGUCUUUUUAAGAUUUUAAGUGAGGUAUCAAAGAUAAGAGCCUCUCAAAGAUUUUGAAUUAUUCAAGAUUAAUUUUCUCAUUUUUUCCACCUAUCACCUCUUACCUAUUCUAUCUCCACGGUUACAUAUUAAGUCAUAAACAUAUGGUUAAAAGCAUGGGAGAAAUUUAAAAUAAAAUACAAAUCUCGAUGCAAGACUUUAAUAUUUCAUCAAUUUCCUAAACUUUUGAAUUCAGUUAAACAAAGUACAACAUAAUCAAACUUUACUUAUAUAUACACAUACUUACUUUGUAACACUAUAGAUUUAGUAAUUACCUUGCAUAGUUAAUGCACAUCAAAAUUAAAAUUCUAUAAAAUAUAUGGACAAAUGCAAGCUUUUCAAUAAUAUAAAUACAGGUUUUAACGAGGAAAAAAUCUCUUACUCCUUAUCUUAUAGCUUUUAGACAAUGAAUGUCGUGACCUUUUGUUGUCCUAUCUUAUAUGAAAUCACAUAUGUAUAUUUUUCCUUCACUUUGUUGCAAUUAUAUUUAUAUUUCCUUUCACUUUGUUUGCGUUUAUAUUUAUAUUUCUUUCAUUUUAUUGCAUUUUAUGUGCAUUACUUUCUCUCCUUUGCGUUUAGGUAUCAUUUUAACGUACAACACAUCAAAUAGUUUGACACAUUCGUCAUUUAUUUGAUAAACAUCUUAACCAUCAGAAAAACUAUACAUAGGACAAUCAGAAUGAUAUCCGAGUACCUUUGCUUAUAAUUGAAUAAAAUAUUAGAAUGCAAAAAAAUAUAUGCAUUAAGAUCUCUAUUCAUUUCUCACUACUGUGUUAUUAUUGUUUUUGUUAAAUUGGUAUUUGUUCAACAAUAAUUCAUUAUAACUGUUCAUAUUGAGCACAAUAAAUUGUAUUAUUUUGUUUUCUGAUUACAUCUUCAAAAUUGUAAAUACAUGUCUGUGGUAGAACAAUACAAAAUUACUGUGCAACUUCCUGAUGUUAAUCAAUGUAUUGUUGUAUUAAAUUUUUUCAAUAAAUGAUUGAAUCUUG